AUGGGCGGGAAAAUGGUAUCCAGCCUUACAUGCACAGGGGUGAUAUGGGCCUUUUUUUCCUUCGUCUGCGCUGGCGUCUCCUGUGUGGGGUUCUUCAUGCCUUACUGGCUGCUGGGGUCCCAGCUGGAAAAGCCGGUAUCUUUUGGCACUUUCCGGAGAUGUUCCUAUCCUGUCCGAGACGAGAGCCGCCAGAUCACGGUGAUGGUGGAGCAGUGCGGGCGCUACGCCUCCUUCCAGGCCAUCCCGAGCGUGGAGUGGAUGAUCUGCACCGUGGUGACAGGGCUGGGCUGCGGGCUUCUUCUUCUGGUGGCCCUGACUGCGCUCAUGGGAUGCUGCGUGUCGGAGCUUAUCUCCAGGACUGUGGGCAGGGUGGCUGGAGGAAUCCAAUUCUUGGGUGGUUUGCUCAUUGGUUCCGGCUGCGCUCUUUAUCCUCUGGGCUGGGACAGUGAAGAAGUCCGGCAGACCUGUGGUAACCUUUCCGACCAGUUUGAAUUGGGCACCUGUGAAAUUGGCUGGGCUUAUUACUGUACUGGAGGAGGAGCUGCUGCAGCAAUGCUAAUCUGCACUUGGCUGGCCUGUUUCUCGGGCAAGAAACAAAAGCAGUAUCCUUACUGAGGCCAGAAAGACCUGAAACAAAAUGAUCGAGUUUAGGGAGAAGGAAGAAAAGGAGUGUGCAAACCUUUUUGAAAAGGCGCACAAGCUCUUCAUUGUAGCCAGUUCAAUACAAACCAGAGUCAAGGAUUUUGGAGUUGAUGUGUGACACUGUGAAUAGCAGGGUUUUUCCGUAUCUUAGGGGUAUAAGCCACACGGAGCUUAAGCUCUUACUAUACACUUCUUAGCAUAUUUUGGUCUCACAGAACAACAAGAAGUUUCCCCUGUCUGAGGAGAGAGAAAAUGGCAGGGUUUUUAGCAGACCAUGCAUUCAAAGGGUUUUAAAAAGCUAUACCAUAUUGAAGGUCAGGGAUGUAGCCUUAAAAAGGAUUGUUUGACAUGUCUGCCAAGUUGAGAAAAAAGAGGGCAUUUCUUAACAGUUCUGCUACUGUUAAAAGCGCUGGUUUCCCACAAACAAUUGGCCUCUUAAGCUCACUGCUAGAGCUGCUGUUGUUUGUGGGUCCGUAUGGAGAAAGCACCUAUUUUCAGGCCUUAAAAGUAUUAGCCUCUAGAGGCUCCCCCAACCACUUGAGUUGGCUCCCAUUUGGAGUUCAGCCUAGUGAAUUCAAUAUGAAAGAGGAAAAUGUUCUCUUUCCACAUGAGACUCCUGAAAGCACAUCUGCCUAUCUUUGCACAGACACUUUUCCUUCAUACACAUAGAAAAAAACAGUAGCCUCAUGAUUAAAACAAAACAAAAAUACUGCCUCCAAAGUUCAACCAAGUCUGAUGAGUCUGUCUGUCGGUGUAACACAGAGCAGUCUGGAUAGCAGUUAACAGUGGAAGGCACUGUUACUCAGGCAAAUGGCAUUGGCUAACAUAGUCUGUUCACCUUCAUCUAAAAUAAAAAAGCACAGAAAUCCACUAGUCGCCCACUUCCUCACAUUUAUAAAUGCCAGCUCAGUCCUUCACUUGCACAUAGGGUCAAACAUCAUUUUGAGUGUAGCACAAGUACAACAAAUCUCCCAUUUUUGGCAUGAAGGGCAAUUCAAAGAGGGGUAGAAAAAGCGAGUGAGAUAAAGUUCCAAACUGCACCCUCGCUUUUUAAUUCCUAAAUGCCCCAUCAUGCUAAAAAAGGGGUGCUAAAUUUCCCUUCCAGAUCACCUUCACAUACAAUAUAUAAUCGUGAUGUGGCCUAAGCUUUUCAUACUUGACACCACAAACAUACAACAUAAGAUUCUCUUACUCACAAGGUGCAAAUAUAUGUGCCCUUUUCCUCCAUAUAGAGAAGCAAUUCCCCUUUUUAACACCUGCACCAUUCCUUCAGAUUAACACUCAUACAUAUGUACACGCGCAUAGAAAACCUGCUCUUCCUAACCUCUAAGAAUCAUGUAUGCACAGGCACACAUUUUCCAUUCCAAUUUUGUACUCCUUCCAUUCAGAUUUAUUUAUUUUUCCCUUUUUAUUUUCCAUUCCCCCCUCUCCAAGCUAUCCCUUUUCCCAUUCGAUCUUCAAAGGAGCAACACAGAGACAAGUGUUUCCCGGUUCUUAUUUUUUUCUUUCACAGAGUGGCUUUAAGACGUUCACAUGAAACAGAACAGUGGAAAUGCAUAUGGACCACUUUCUUUAUAACCCACUCUCUGUUGUGAGGGGCAAACAGGUGUGUUCUGCCUGCUGCAAGGCACGCAUUCUUCUUUCCACAAUACGGUCUUGUCUUUGUGCAAGACUCCCCACCCCCACCCCCAAAAAAGGAAACAAAAGGACAUUAUCAUUUCUGUUUACUUGCUUAUUCAGAGUGGUUCUGUUUGCAACCACUGUAACUCAAUCAUUCACUUCUUGUUUGAAAUCAAUUAACUCCUGUCGACUGAUCCAUCAUCACUCCUUCAUCUUAGAAACUCAGAAAAAAGUACUGUGGAACAAAGCAAUUGCAAUGAAUACUCUGUGCACUUCUUACUUUCUUUGUUUGCUAAUUAUUUUAUUUGAAUUUCAGUAUUAUGCCAUAUUUUAAACAAAAAACCUAAUGGACUAAUGGGCCAUUUUUCAGUAUUUUAUAUAAUCUGCGUACACGUGUUCUUGAAUUUUAUUAACGGCCUUUCAGACCUAUAUAAAUUUUAUUAACCUCAAUGUUUUUGAGAUUAUUACAAAAAAUGCAAUAUUUUACUCAGCGUAUGUAGCCUUUUAGAUAGAGUAUUCCUAUGAAGGGCAAUGAAAGGACAAGUCUGUCCUAUGAGAAUUGUAUGUUUGUGGCACAGUAGAGAAAUAUUACUUAUGCAAGAGCAAUGACAUCUUCCAAGUUUUAUUACUAAUACUGCUAGGUAAUUAUUGUUGUAUUGUGCUGUAUUGUUAUUUUAACAUGCAUCUUUGUAAUGUAAUUAUAAAAUAUACUAUUUUGUCUGUACUUUAGAAUCUGUGUAAAUAAAUGUCUUAUGGUAGUU